GAGGUGCCGCAGGUCAUGCAUUAUGCGGUCGGGCAGGAAUUCUCCGUCCACCACGACUUUCUCGAUCCGGCCCAGCCCGGCCCCGCCGCCGACAUCGCCCGGCGCGGCCAGCGAAUGGGCACCUUUCUCAUCUAUCUGAACGACGAUUAUGAAGGGGGCGAAACCGCUUUCCCCCGCGCCGGCAUCGCCCAUCGCGGCAAAGCCGGCGACGCGCUCUUCUUCGCCAACGUCACGCCCGACGGCAGGCCGGAUCCGCUCACACUGCAUGCCGGCAAGCCGCCGACAGCGGGCGAGAAAUGGAUAUUUUCCCAGUGGAUCCGCGAUCGGCCGCCCGCCGGCGGCUGA